AUGUUAAAAUCGACACUCCUCUUCUCCGCCUUACUCAGCCUAUCGGUCCAAGCUCUACCAGCUGAUAAUGCUACAGCAUACUUCUCUGGCCUCGAAUCAUCCUUGAUCAACAAUGGUUUAUCCGGUUUAUGGAAUGCUAUAGUCGUUGCGAACCAUACGGACAUUGGACCCGAUUUGAUCAAUAAGUUGUAUUCGGAUGACCAGUUUACAAUCUACGCACCGAACAAUGCUGCAUGGGAUAGUAGUGGUUUGUCACAACCUCCUGCUAAUGGUGAUCUGGUGUCUUUGCUAUCCUAUCAUAUCGUCCAGGCAACCCUCAACUCAUCUACGGACAUCGCCCCGAUCCGACAUCACACCAUCGCCUUCACCGAGCUCCGUUCUCCCACAGUCGAUCUUCCAGGAGACCAGACUCAGGUGAUCGUCCUUGAGACGGCAGUAAACGCCACGACGGGGCAGGAUGUCAAUGAUGGUACGGUGUUGGUCAGAGGUGGUAAUUGGAAUGCUACUAGCGCAGGAGAACAAUUCGUUUAUUCCAAUUUACAUAUCCAACCGAUUGAUAAGAUCUUAGCAGUUCCCUCCCCACUCCUCAAAAUCCUCUCUCAAUCCGGCUUAGCCAUCGCUGCCAACCUCGGAGCUACCUCAGCGAUAUCAGCGAUAUCCGAUGCAGAUCUGAACGAUACCUUGUCUUCGGAAUGUCACGGCUGUACAUUCUUCAUACCUGUCAACGCUGCUAUCGACGGUGCGACCAAUUUCACUGGGCUGGGUAAUGAUGAAAAGAGGAAUGUACUUCUCAACCAUGUCUUGAAUGGCUCAACGGUCUAUUCACCGGAUCUCAAUCCAGGUAACGCCUACAUCACUUCAGCAGGUAUGCCAUUAAUUUACCUGGCCGACGAUCAAGGUAAGAAGUUCGUAUCGGUCGGUCAAUAUAGAGCGUCUAUCUUGAGGAGUGAUAUACCAGUAUCAAACGGGGUGGUUCAUCUGAUCGAUACUCUCAUGAUUGAAUCUCAAAACAACCACGAAAGAGCCGACUCAGCUGCAAGCUCAGCAGCAUCCGAAGCCGAAUCUCGAACCACCACCACCAACGUAAUUGGCGUAGGAAAUACCCAAGCUCCUUCGACUACUUCUGCGACUCAAACCAGCUCAGCUGCUACUGCAAGCUCGACUCAGGCUGAGAGUUUCGCUUUGAGAAGUAUGCGGGGGCCAGGGGAUAUCGAAAGUGCAUUGAAAGUUUCGAUUAUCGCUUUGGUUUUGGGGAGAUUAUGGAUCUAA